AGACUACAGAUCGUCGUGCUUUGUUGUGUGAUCUCGUGAUUGACGUCUGCUAUCUCAAGGGGACUGAUUCUCGAGUGACGCCCGGUCGUCAGAAGUUGGAAAGACUACAGAGGAGUUGGACAAGUCUGACAAUCAGACAAUGUGCUGGGUUAAAGUAAUAGCUGUUCUAUCAGCGUGUUUAUUUAUAACAGUCCACUCUGCUGAAUGGACAUACAAGGGAGACCAUGGCGAUGACCACUGGCCAGAGCUUUUUGACAAAUGUGCCCAGAGACACCAAUCCCCGAUCAACAUCUACGAGGGUGACUUGACCAUAGACAGCCAACUACUUCCAUUUAGGUUCAGCAACUACGACGCCCUAGUGGACAUGGUUUUGUCCAACAAUGGACACUCAGCUGUUGUCACACUCGGCCCUACAGUCCCAGUGGCUAUCUCAGGAGGAGGACUGACCAAUACUUACAAUGCUGUCCAGUUUCAUUUCCAUUGGGGUGAGACCAGCGUGGAUGGGUCAGAGCAUCUGAUCAGUAGUGCAGCGUAUCCUAUGGAGCUUCACAUCGUUCACUACAACAGCAAGUAUCCAGACUUCAGCACUGCAUCAGUUCAGCCUGACGGUCUAGCUGUCCUGGGAUUUAUGUUUGAGGUCUCCAGCACCAAUAACAAGAACCUGGAUGACAUCGUCAACAAUCUAGUCAAUGUGAUGACCGUAGGUACAUCAGUGAGUCUGGGUGCUGGAACUCUGUCGUCAAUUUUGCCACCUUCUUUUUCCAAAUUUUACCGAUACCCUGGCAGUUUGACUACACCUGGUUGUGACGAGUCAGUGACCUGGACAGUGUUUAAAGAGACUAUCCAAAUAUCAGAAUUACAGCUCCAAGUUUUUAGGAGCCUGACGGACUCUCACAAUGAGCUGUUGAGUGAAAACCACCGAGGAGUUCAACCAAUCAACGAUCGAGUGGUUGUUGCCAACUUUGACCCGCACAUUCACUGGAGUUAUCACGCCACAAGUGAGUGGAGUGACCUGUACGAAGCGUGCAGUGCCGAGAAUCAAUCUCCAAUCAACAUUGAGACCAACUUAACACAAGCAGACGAGAAAUUGCAAGUUUUGACUUUUAAAAACUAUGACGGGUCAUCGCCUGUGACUAUGAAACUUAAGAACACUGGCCACGCAGCCCAGGUUGAUUUCAGUGGAGCCGAGAUAUCUGUCUCCAAUGGCGGUCUGCCCGACGAGUAUGUAGCGAGUCAGUUGCAUUUCCACUGGGGAUCUCAUGACUUGAUUGGUUCUGAGCAUUUGAUAGAUGAUCACAGUUACCCCAUGGAGCUUCACAUUGUCCACUACAAGAAGUCACUGGGUAGUCUUGCCGCUGCUGCCACGGAGGCUGAAGGUCUUGCAGUCCUAGGAAUUUUUUUUCAGAUCUCGUCAAACGACAACCCGGCCUUGAAUUCUAUCAUUCAAAAUUUAGGGAGCAUUCAGAUGCCUGAUACCUCUGUGGAGAUACCAACAUUUAGUCUUAACAGCAUACUGCCAGCUAACAGGGUGGACUUCUACAGAUACGAAGGCAGCUUGACCACCCCCAGGUGCUUGGAAUCCGUUAUCUGGACUGUUUUCAAGGACUCUGUGCCCAUUUCAUCUGCCCAGCUCGACAAGUUCCGUAACAUCAGGUCAUCUGAACGAGAUCAGAAUGGACAAAACAUAGCUCUUGUGGACAACACCAGACAUGUCCAGUACCUCAAUGGAAGAGUUGUCCUCAGGAAUUUCAACUUGCCUCCUCCAGACAAUUACUGGUCCUACAAAGGUAGCCACGGUCCAAGCAGCUGGGCACACGACUAUCCGCUGUGUGGGGAUCGCUACACUGGCCGUCAGUCCCCGGUGAACAUCGACACUACAAAAGUUCUGUUUAACGUCCUGAACUCCAUACCUCUAAGGCUAGAUGGCUACAACGCUAGCAGUGGCUACACUCUGACCAUGAGGAAUACUGGGCACUCAGUUCAGAUAGACAUUGAUGGCAACCUGAGAGUGUCCAGGGGUGGACUGAGCCUUACAUACAGGGCUACUCAAGUCCACUUUCAUUGGGGAUCAGACAGCACCAGGGGGUCUGAGCAUACCAUUGACGGUCGAUCCUAUCCAAUGGAGAUCCACAUUGUCCACUAUAACAUUAAGUAUCCAAGCUUUGAGGUGGCCAGUGUAGAGUCUAAGGGGCUAGCUGUGCUCGCAGUUCUGGUAGAGGUAACUACCCAACCGAACGUUAGACUUAACUUUGUAUUCGAUUCAUUGGCAAAAGUAAGCCAGCCAGGAUCAAGUGCUCUGCUUGAUGUUGUCGCUUUUCCGUUUCUGCCCUCGGAUACAUCCAGCUUCUUUCGUUAUGAGGGUAGUUUGACCACACCUGGUUGUUACGAGACAGUCACGUGGACUUUGUUCAGGGAGACCAUCAAAGUUUCGGAAGAUCAGAUCGCCAAACUUCGAACUCUCCAGCAAAUCGAUCAUUCGACAAACCUGCCAACUCCGAUGGUGGACAACAACAGACCCGUUCAACCUCUGAAUGGUCGCACUGUCACUUCCACUUUUUGGUUUUAGUUCUUUUAGCACACACUGACAAGUCAUUUGGUGGAAAUAUAUUCUUUUAAUGCUUAUGUUACUUUCUGCUCAUUUGUUUACAAGCUAUCGUGAUACCUACACAUUUAAAUGCGUCUGAUACAGAUUUCUAAAGGAUUUAAUAAACUAGAUAAUAUAGUAUCAUUAAGUAUAAUAAGUCUAAAUAUUAUUUAGAAGUGGCGAGUUUGAUUUUACAUUUCAAAAUCUGUAUGGGAGGAGAGAGUUAGAGGGAGGUAGUUUCACUAUCGGAAAUGCUUUUAUUGUAAGCCUAUAUUGCAGCGGUUCUCAGCCUUUUUAGCUCGGCGACCCAUUUUUACUAUUAGCAACAAUGCUGCGACCCCAAACAGUAAAAUUAUUUUCGUUCAUAAACAUAAAAAACUGUGCUUUUGCUAAUAGUAUAAAAAUGUAAUCCAAAAGUGAGUAAUUGUUUAGAUAAUCUGGAAAACUCAUGUAUCGCAAAAAAAUAUAUUAUUGAAAAUGAAAGAAGACAAAUCGGGUUAGGACUGUUACACUAAAUCCAGAUUUGUGUUACUUGACAAUAAAGAGAAUUCAAUUUUUGCUUUAUCGCUGUUAAUGAGCUCCGGAACACCUUCAUCUUUGACUGUGAAUGGAUUUCUGGCAAGGGUUAAAGGUACAUCAAAUUAAAAAAAAAUCAUGUUUUCGAUGCUCUUAGGCGCAGGGGCUUAGCUAGGAAUUGCCCAUUAUUUGGGGGCACGGGGGACUUUACCUCUUUGCUUAAUAUUUAAUAGAAAAAAACACUCAUUUGUGGGCCCCCUUCAAGUGGGAGACCAGGGCGAUUUUCAAAUUCUCCCCAACCCUAGCUACGCCACUGCUUAGGCGACCCCCUGCAAAUCAUCAUUCGACCCCGGAGGGGAGUGGCGAUUCACAGGUUGAGAACCCCUGCUAUAUUGUAUUCAUUGUUUCUGCUUUUAUGUAUACCCAACAAAGGCUUGUUGUAUUAGGGUCACAAUUCUUUAUUAGUUGUAGCCCCUGUUGCCAAUUGUAACUUCAUUUAGUUUGUAAAAAUCGAACAUUAUUUCCUUGCUACUAUAUUAGAAUGUUGGUCAGAAUUGCUUUCACUACUAUAUGGACCCAUACAUUGUUAAAAGUGCAAAAUUAUAUAAGCCCGGUGAUAGAUCAUAGAUGUGGUGAUAACUAGCAGAUAGGGAAACGUUAGAGUUGUAUAUAUUGCUCAUACACGAAUCAUCAAUACCAACAUUAAAAAGCAUCAGACGAUUCUGCAGCUCUUACUAAAGUGAUACCAUUUUUUCUUCUCACAUAGUUAAUUGUUGAAGACGGUCUGUAAUAAUUUAUUGAUGUGACUUUUUGGUUUAUCAUUGAGCAGCUAUUAUUUUUAUUGUUGCCAUGAAAUUUAUAAAUGAAAUAUUCAAGAGUUUUAUUUACUUGUUUAUGUUGAUGUACAUUUGGCAAUGUAUUUAUUACUCACUGUAUUAUUAUAUAUCUAUUCAACUUAUCCAACUAUAAAAUGGUCUUUGGCAUGUGACGAAAGAAUAUACGUUUCGAUUUUCAUACUAAAGGUCGUUACUUAUUUUUUUAUUACUUUUUUGUUUGUUUACAGAUUUAUUUUUUAUUUGAUUUUACAAUACAAAAAAAAAAGUUCACAAAAAUUAUUUCAUGAUUUUAAAAAUGUAUAGUACACCGUACAUCGGAUACGCCGAAAGGCGUUCUACUUUUUAAUUCGCUUCUAUAUUAUUAGAAUCUUUAUUGAUUUACAUUGUCAUUAAUAAUUCACUCUUGGUGUGAAUAGGUCUGGAAUCAGGAGUAGUCAUAGACAUAAUGUGUAGAAGUAUAUAAUAGAUGGAAAUGCUAAAUGUAAGUGAUAUCAAAGAAAGCGCAGUGCCUAACCAUUUAUAUCUCUUCUUGCUCAGUAUAAUUGAAAUAUAAUUUACUUAUUGAAAUUUACUUAUUAAAGUUGUUUUAACAAAUUA